GCCCAGUCCCUUCCACAUCCUUCCUUCGUCUUUCCCCUUCCCCAAGCCUUUUCUUCCCUGCGUCUUCGGCGUAACAUAAGAAAGUCGAGCAAUUCUCCGCCUACUUUUGAUUCGUCGGCUGUUCUACCAAUGGCGACGCGGAGGAACGCCGCGAGGCUCACAAGGUCCGCCCUUUCGGCCGCCUCCAAUGCUGAGAAGGCCCCUCUACGCUCGGCGUCCCAGUCCGGCUAUGCCCUCUCUCAUUCCUGCCCAAUGUCCUCCGCCCCUGCUUCCUCUGCUCUGAGGAGCUCUAUCAGCUCCCUGACCCUGCGCCCACAAGCUCAUGACAGGGACGUUGUCGUUUCCCUGGCAGCCGCAGCCCUUCAGCUUCGCGGCUAUGGGUCUUCUUCCUCUCGUGCCUAUUCCACUGCUGCUAGCUCGACAUCUCAGACAAAUCCAUCGGAAUUUACGGAAAUGGCAUGGGAGGGCAUUGUUGGUGCUGUUGAUGCAGCACGAAUCAGCAAGCAGCAAGUUGUCGAAACUGAGCACCUCAUGAAGGCUCUUCUGGAGCAGAAGGACGGUCUAGCGAGGAGAAUCCUCACAAAAGCGGGCCUCGAUAACAGUUCCGUCCUGCAAUCUGUGGACGAAUUUAUCUCUCAACAGCCAAAGGUGACAGGGGACACGAGUGGGCCUAUAAUGGGUUCCAACCUCGGCGUGCUCUUGGACAAUGCUCGGAAGCAUAAGAAAGAAAUGGGAGAUGACUUUGUAUCCAUGGAGCAUCUCUUAUUGGCAUUUUAUUCUGAUAAGCGGUUGGGGCAACAGUUGUUCAGAAAGCUCCAGCUUAGUGAGAAGGAUUUGAGGGAGGCUAUUAAAGCAGUCCGUGGGAAUCAGAGAGUAACUGAUCAGAAUCCAGAAGGGAAAUAUGAAGCGCUUGAUAAGUACGGGAACGACUUGACUGAAUUAGCAAGGCGUGGUAAACUUGACCCUGUUAUUGGUCGGGAUGAUGAGAUACGCCGCUGCAUCCAAAUAUUAUCAAGGAGAACAAAAAAUAAUCCUGUCAUAAUUGGCGAGCCUGGUGUGGGAAAAACUGCAAUAGCAGAAGGAUUGGCCCAGCGAAUAGUGCGUGGAGAUGUUCCUGAACCAUUACUAAACCGUAAGUUGAUUUCCCUUGAUAUGGGCUCGCUUGUUGCUGGUGCAAAGUUCCGAGGAGAUUUUGAAGAGCGUCUCAAAGCUGUCCUGAAGGAAGUUACUGCCUCAAACGGUCAAAUCAUAUUAUUCAUCGACGAGAUCCAUACUGUUGUUGGGGCUGGGGCUGCCGGUGGAGCUAUGGACGCAGGAAACUUGCUGAAGCCAAUGCUAGGACGUGGUGAACUCCGUUGCAUUGGAGCAACAACACUGAAUGAAUACAGGAAGUACAUUGAGAAGGACCCCGCAUUGGAACGUAGAUUUCAGCAAGUUUUUUGUGGCCAACCUUCUGUGGAGGACACAAUUUCCAUACUCCGAGGUUUGAGGGAGCGAUACGAACUCCACCACGGUGUUAAAAUAUCCGACAGUGCGCUAGUUUCAGCUGCAGUUCUUGCAGACCGAUACAUCACCGAACGCUUCUUGCCCGAUAAAGCUAUUGAUCUUGUUGAUGAAGCUGCUGCAAAAUUGAAAAUGGAGAUCACUUCAAAACCAACAGAAUUGGACGAGAUAGAUAGGGCUGUCCUUAAGCUGGAGAUGGAGAAGUUAUCCCUGAAGAAUGACACUGACAAAGCUUCCAAAGAAAGGUUGAACAAGUUGGAGAACGAUCUGAGCUCUCUUAAGCAGAAGCAGAAAGAAGUGAAUGAGCAGUGGGAACAUGAGAAGGUUCUCAUGACCCGUAUAAGAUCGAUCAAAGAGGAGAUUGAUAGAGUCAACCUGGAGAUGGAAGCUGCUGAGCGGGAGUACGACCUAAAUCGUGCUGCUGAGCUCAAAUAUGGAACCUUAAUGUCGCUUCAACGCCAGCUAGAAGAGGCUGAGAACAACCUUGCCGAGUUCCGGAAGUCAGGGAAAUCUCUACUGCGAGAGGAGGUCACUGACCUCGAUAUUGCUGAGAUUGUAAGCAAAUGGACUGGAAUACCCUUAUCGAACCUCCAGCAGUCUGAGAGGGACAAGCUUGUCCUGCUUGAGGAGGUCCUCCACAAGAGGGUGGUUGGACAAGAUAUUGCAGUAAAAUCAGUGGCAGAUGCAAUCCGCCGCUCACGAGCUGGGCUUUCAGACCCAAAUCGGCCCAUUGCUAGCUUCAUGUUCAUGGGGCCCACCGGUGUUGGGAAGACCGAGCUUGCCAAGGCUCUUGCAGGCUACCUCUUCAAUACGGAGAAUGCUCUGGUGAGAAUUGACAUGAGUGAGUACAUGGAGAAGCAUGCUGUCUCACGCCUAGUCGGCGCACCCCCGGGUUAUGUCGGGUAUGAGGAAGGAGGACAGUUGACAGAGGUGGUUCGAAGGCGGCCCUACUCAGUCGUUCUCUUCGAUGAGAUCGAGAAGGCCCAUCACGAUGUCUUUAACAUCUUGUUGCAGCUUCUGGAUGACGGAAGGAUAACGGACUCUCAGGGAAGGACUGUCAGUUUUACAAAUUGCGUCGUGAUCAUGACAUCAAACAUCGGCUCCCACCUCAUACUCGAGACUCUAAAGAACACACAGGACACUAAGGAGGUGAUUUACGAUAUCAUGAAGAGGCAAGUUGUUGAGAUGGCAAGGCAGACUUUUCGGCCCGAGUUUAUGAAUCGGGUAGACGAGUACAUUGUGUUCCAGCCCUUGGAUUCCAAAGAAAUCGCAAAGAUAGUCAAGAUACAGAUGGAACGGGUCCGAGAGCGGCUCAGGCAGAGGAAGAUUGAUCUCCACUACACUGAGGAAGCCAUUGAGCUCCUGGCAACACUGGGCUUCGACCCGAACUUCGGGGCCCGACCCGUGAAGCGGGUGAUACAGCAGCUGGUGGAGAACGAAAUUGCGAUGGGUAUCUUGAGAGGGGAUUUCAAGGAGGAAGACUCGGUGGUGCUCGAUGCCGACACAACAAAAGGCCUACCUCCUCAGAGCAGGCUCCAUAUCAGGAAAUUGGAUUCUGCUAACAGUGAGGAUGCAACAAUGGUUGCUAAUGACUAGCACAUAUUAGCUCACGUUCUUCAAUGAAUAGAACUAAAUUUUUGGAAUUUUGGUCCGGUAGGAUUUCUCUUUUUCCGCAACGUUUUUUUAGUUUCUGUAAGUUGAACAAUGAGAAAGAAACUGUACAUUUUGCAUAGUGACAUGAGGAGGAAAGAUUUCUGAGUUGUCUACC